AUGAGCGGAUACACGGGAAAUAACUAUAGCAGAUACUCAUCCACUUCUCCGAGACAAAGAGGGAGUUAUCACCAAGCGAGGCGAAGUAGGGGUGGAGCAGCCGGAUCGUAUUACAGAGGCGCUAAUGCGUCUUAUGGCGCGAGAUACAACGGCGACUAUGAGCAACUGCCUCAAGAGGGAGACUUAAGACAGUCCGGAGCAUACUAUCGAAACGGGUACACAGAUACAAGGCCGUACUAUUCGGCUAAUAGCAGACAUUAUCAAGCACAACCUCCUAGGUACAACAGCAAUUCAAAUUCAUACCACAUACCGCAUCGUGGCAGUAGCCAAGAUGUGAACGGUAGGACCACGAGUGGCUCGCAAGAUGAUAGUGACGAAAAGCGACUUAAAUCCAGAUACCAAAACAUGCAGGCGGACUAUCCGCGCCAACAACCGAUGAGCGUUGGUAGCAGCAUCAGCAGAAGUGGCAGCAGUGGGAACAGCAGCACCAGCAGCAGCAACGGGCUUCCGCCACCACCCUCAGUAUCGUCUGUAACCAAUAAUAGACCAUAUCACAGUAGUGCAUACCCUUAUCCCGGCAGUCACAAUUACAAUAAUUACCAUCACCGUGAGACGCCUCCACCUCCCCCAUCGAAUGGCUAUCAUGGAAAGGGUUACCCAGCGCACAUUUCAGAAAAGAGAAGUAACAGCAACGGCUCUGGCAGCACCGUAGCCAAGAAGAAAAGGAUAGUAGAUAUGAAAGACUCCCCCUUUAUUUACUUGACGGAUUUUGAUAAGAACAUCAAAAAGACAAACAAUAUUGAAAGUGAAUGUGAAAAAGCAAGAGAUGUUUUCAAGGAAAGCGAUUCCAUCGAUUCUGCUUUGGAAGAACUAAACCUAAAAGUCAAUUCUAAUGAACUAGAAUUACGACUCCUAAAUAACCAGUGUGACAAGCACGCACUAAAUAUCCAACUUACCCAAGAAAAACUGGACUCAUUGUUGUUGAUGCAGUAG